AUGCACUCCACUGCAACUACCGUGACCUCCUCAGACAAUCGUGUCAUGACCGGGACUCUGAGUCGUCACGAGAGUCAUUACCACCUCACCAAAUAUUACUCUCAGGACACAACUAUACCAGAUGAAACCAUGUCUGAGGUGGACAGGCUUUCACCAUUGCCGCAUAUAUUAAAUGAUGCGGCUAUGUGGGAAAACUCCCAUCCGCAGGGAACUGCCUUCGUUGUUGUGAAUGGUAUGACGGUCAUCCGACCAGACGAAUCUGAUGCAACGGUCGAUGAGUCGGAUGGCUGGGAUUGGUGUGAUGUGUCGCACGUGGUUGUAGCUGCUGCUCAGGCUGUGGCCACUUCUGAGUCUCAGCUUGAACAUAAUGAUGGUGACCGUGACGCAGCCAUGGUGUCCGAGUCUGCAUCUAGUAAUUCGGAAACAGGGUCACUGGCACUUGACACUAUGAUGGACACAUACAUAGAUUGGCUGGACAGUAACUCUGAGUAG